AUGCAUCCACGCUCGACACUCAGCAGACCUUCUCCGAAACGAAGCUUGUCCUGUGCGGGUCUCGACAACCUUGACGAGCUACUUCACACUUCCGACAACGUGCAUCCACGCCCAAAUCGUAAACGCCAUCAGAGUCUCACCAGUGAUGACGACUUCAGUACGACUGGUUUUGCAAAGCCAAGUUCCCCGUCUCGACACGACGAUGUUCUGCCACCUCCACUAUCUCAUCAUGAGUCGUUGCAGCGUCCCGAGCUCCUGCCUCUUACUGAGCACUCUCCAACUAGCAACGGGUACCAGUUGAUACCGUCGUCCCCGUUCGAGUCCGAGUACACACAUUCGUCUUCUGACCACGUUCAGGUGGUCAAUCACGAUCGCAACGUUCACUCCGAUGACCGCGACAGCAAUCACGACGAAAAUCACUGCGAGGCUCUCACGAACGAAGUAGGCGAUGCCGACACCAACUACAGCGAAGCCAACGAGCGCGACGGCAAUGGUCACGUUUUCGCACCCGACUUGGCACCACAGGAACCUCAGGACGUGUUUGAGCCUCGGCUCAAGCUCGAUCACGACAUCUUCGCUGCAAGACGUCUGGACCGUACCAUGUUCUUCCAGCCGUCGCUCAGCUCGUCGACUUGCGAAUGCUCUCCACGAGAAGAAUUCCUCGUCCAAGCCUUCGGUCCUAGUGGAUUCAAGCUGCAUGGUGCAUCGGUGUCAAGUAACGAGGAUCUGGACGCGAGCUUGAGUGAUUACAGCAGCAGCAGCGACAGUGACAGGAACUGCAGUCUAUCCAGUCAUCAUCAUGGCAUGAGUGGAGAUGCUGCUGACAUGGAGCUCAAGAUGUCUUGUAACGAGCUUGAGGCUGAUCUUCGUGGCUCAAUGCACCAAAACCUUCAGUAUCAACAACAUUCGCCAAGGCAUCCAGAAUUCGUGGAAGUGUCCCACCGACCGUCUACUUUGUCCUCGCACAGUUCGCUCGGACUGAGUUGCAGUCCCAGCUUCGUCCGAAACGACCAGAGUGUCCACCAUGUAUCGGUGGUGAGCCCGUCGCAGGAUACUCAGUCUCAUCUUCUGGCACCGGAGAACGAACGAAAGUAUCUCCAACGAGACCUGCGCCAUGAAAGCCCGUUGCGCGUAUCACCAUCGAGCAGGGCAUUUCCAAGGAAGGGCAGCAAAGAAGUCCAAACGCCGACGAAAUGGCUUUCUGAUGAAGACGAACGUCUUCGCGUUGCAGUGGCACGAUUUGGUGGGAAGAACUGGAAGAUGAUCGCCGAGACAUUGGGGAACGGGCGCACCGACGUCCAGUGCCUUCAUCGCUGGAAUAAGGUGCUGAAACCUGGUCUGAUCAAAGGACCGUGGACACCCGAAGAAGACGGUAUUCUAGCGGGCCUCAUCACUCGCUACGGUAUCGGCAAGAUUCGUUGGUGCGACCUCGCUCUGCACUUGCCGGGACGCAUUGGUAAGCAAUGCCGCGAGCGAUGGUGCAACCACCUCGACUCUCGCAUCCGAAAGGGUCAAUGGACUUCCGAGGAGGACGACAUGGUUUUCUGCUGGCAACAGAAGCUCGGGAACAAGUGGAGCGAGAUCGCGAAGCUCCUUCCUGGACGAACGGAGAAUGCUGUCAAGAACCGCUUUAACUCGGCAGCACGUCGCAAGUGGCUGAUGAACCAAGCAAACAAGUCGUCCUCGACUGCGGUCGACCAGACGUUGCUACCUCCAUCGACUUCAGGUCCACCCUUUCAGCUGCAUCACCAACAGCAGCAGCAUCCGUUGUUGCAGUCGUCAUUGCCGCACGAAGAGGGCAGCCUGUACGGCGUCGGCAAUGUUCUUUACGGAGGUGAGAAGGUAUCACCGCUCCCUUCGAGCGAGGCAUUGUUGGACCAGCACUCGCACAAGUCGAUUUCGCCUCUAGACCAUCAGAACUUUAUCCAGCACCUUUUGCCUCGGGGAACUCCAACCACGGGCGCAUCUUUACCGGAUCAUUUCGAUCACACGCAUCCUGGGUUCGGUGCAGCGUUGGAUGCAGAAGGUCAGCAAACGUGUCGACAGCAAGAGCCCGACAAACCUGUUUCGAUGUCGAAAACAGACUCGACAGCAAUCGCAUCGAUGUUCCCGCCGCUUCCACUCAACGCACUGUUUCCACCUGUGACGGCCAGCACUGGCAUUGGUGGCGGCAGCCUUGGCUUGCAUCACACAUCAACCGGACAUGAAGGAGGUGGGGCACUUACCACUUCACCGUUUCCUGUCGCUGCUCACUUCUCAACUCCAGUGCAGUACGACGCAUCCGUGAACGAGACGGCAGCGGGGAAAUCUACGACAAAAGACAUUAGCGCUAUCAAAAGUGACGACCUCCCGCUUUUUCAGCCGAAGGGAGAAAAGACUGAGCGAGACGGUCUUGCUCUCGAUCGAGCUACACCUGAUGUCUCGGCAGCAAGUUCGGUGACUGAUUCCAGCGUCUCGAUGGACGACGAGAACAUGAGCAGCUUUCUAGACAGCGUAGCACUCGAGCUUGACGACAUCAUGGAGUGA